AGAAUCUUUAGCACACUUUUCUCUUUAAUUUGUGAUAUUCUAGAUCUCUAGGCGUCUCGUUACUCAAACAUUAUAAGAAAAACAAAAUGCAAAAAAAUCGUUACGGAAUUUCACUCCGGUAGCAGAGAUGGCUGGCCAGAGCGAGAAACGAAAAUGGUUUAAACUUUUGUCAUACACUUUUUAGACUUGAAAAAGGUUUAUUAAAAAUCAAGUCCGUUUGAAGUCCAAGCAGUUAAAAUCUAUGACAUUCAACAACGGGAUGGGUAGAAUUUGAUAUCUAAUUUAUUAAUCUUUUUUUGUCAAACAUGUAUCUAAUAUAUGGAUAAAAUAUAUUUAUCCAUCGUAUGUGAUUAUGACCUACUGCAUAGUGCAGAAACCACUAUGAAGUUGGACUUGGAAAUGGUCGGACUCGUCCAACUCUGGGUUAAAGACUACUAAUCAUUUCAAAUUAUAAUAAGGCAGAUAAUUUGGCUGUUUUUCGAAUAACUCAAGAACAAAAAGCGGGAAUGACUGGCGGUUUUCACCAUUCGAUAGCCAGCACGUCAGAGCUUUCACCACCAAAACAUUUUUGAAACUAUUUUUCAAAAACUGAGUUUUCUCGGGAUCUCUAGAGAACUAUUUCAUAACCCGAAAAUUUAACAUAGCAAUAUAUUAGAUUUUUUUGACAGAUAGAUAACCUAAAAUGUCUUCUACAAAAUGAGAUCUAAGUGAGAGCUUCAUCUACCAUGGUUCGACUGUGGAAACGCUUUUCCUGAGAUCUACAGGAUUCACUCAAAAUCGAUUCAGACUACUUCAGAACAUGCAGGUAAGCUCUUUACGCAACACCUUAAAAUUUAAUAAAAGUUUUGAUAACCAGUGGGAAGUUUAAAAAGAUUUUCUAAAAAUCAUCUGUCAAGUGAGAAAUGAUUUUUACUAGUUUUUAAUACAGAAUUAAUUGAACAGAUAAAAUAGAAUUUAUCUUAAUGUUCCGAAGUAUCCGGAUCGAUUAAGAGUGAGUUCUGUAGAUCUGAGGAAAAUCGCUCUCUCAAUCGAACCAUGGUAGAUGGAGCUCUCGCUUAGAUCCCGUUUUGUAGAGGACAUUUUCGGCUAUCUAUCCGUGAUAAAAAAACUAAUUUAUUGGUCUAUUAAAUUUUCUAAAUGAUGUGAUAACGUUAUCCAUGUGGAAAUGACUAUUUUUUGGUUCUUAUUUUAGGUCCUAUCGAGGAUGCAUAUGAUAUAUGGGUGAUUGAAUUAAAUCCAUUUAUGGAAACGACUGAUGGUGGUUUAUUUAGUUGGCAACAUGAACGACAUAUAUUAGAAGGAAAAAAUAAUGGGUUUGAAUUUCGAAUUACACAACGACCAAAACCCGGUGCGUUAACCAUGCUGCCAAAUUCUGUUCGUCAGUUAAUCAAACAAAUGUGA